AUGAAGACUGAGAGAGACGAGUCUGCGUCUCCUCUGACCAUCAUCGAAACUACGAUGCGGCACGGAUAUCCCGAAGGCGGACUCGAAGCCUGGUUGGUGGUGUUUGGAGCAUGGUGUGCGAUGAUCCCUUCCAUGGGAUUACUUAAUUGCCUGGGUAUUCUUCAUGCAUGGACGAGUAAGCACCAGCUCCAGGAUUAUUCCGAGUCCAGCAUUGGCUGGAUAUUUGGCGCGUACAGCUUCUUCUUGUAUGCUGCUGGGGCGCAAACUGAAUUUUACCAGAUAUUCCUCUCAUUCAGUGUCCUUGGUGGCUUAUCUGCAUGUGCCCUCUUUAUUCCAGCCGUUUCCUGCAUUGGGCACUGGUUCAACGUGCGACGCGGAUAUGCGACCGGCAUCGCCUGCACUGCCGGGGGUAUAGGAGGAGUCAUAUUCCCCGUUAUUAUCCUUUUUGCAGCACCCAGAAUUGGUUUCCCCUGGGCAAUGCGUAUCAUUGCACUUAUCAGUGCUGUUCUUUUAUUGAUAUCAUGUCUGACGCUGAAAACACGGGUCCUGGAUGAGAAAAGCGUUGGCGCAUCCGUCGACUUUCGCGCCCUGCGAGAGAAGGAAUAUGCCGCAACCACAAUAGCGAUCUUCCUAGUGGAAUUCGCCGUCUUCAUACCGAUUACCUACAUCUCAUCCUACGGGAUUCAAAUUGGCAUGGACGACACCCUCGCAUACGCGCUAAGUAUCUUUCUCAAUUUAUGCGCUGUCCCAGGACGGUUUCUCCCGGGCUUAGUAGCAGAUCGGCUCGGAAGGUUCAAUGUGAUGGUAGGAACGUCGAUCAUCUGUGCGGCGCUUACCCUGGCAUUGUGGCUUGCAUCAAGGGCGAAUAUGCCCGCAGUAAUUUGCUAUGCGGUAUUGUUCGGCUUUUGGAGCGGUGCUGCUAUCAGUCUCACCCCCGUGUGCAUUUCGCAAGUCUGUAAGACGGAGGAUCUAGGGAAGAGGAGCGGGACGACAUUUACGAUAGUCAGUGUGUGUACAUUGACGGGCAUCCCGAUCGCGGGUGCUAUCCAGCAACAGAACCAGGGGGAAUAUUGGGGCAUGAUUGUCUUCGGAGGCGUGUUGUAUGCGGCCUCCGCGGUCGCUUUUGCUGUUGCCAGGGGCAUUUGUGCGGGCUGGAAAGUGAAAGCCAAGUUCUAA